UCAGAGUGGUCGCGGCGUAUCCUCACGAGAUCCGGUGGAACAUCGGCACCUAAUUUUGUCUGUUUGAAGUGGUCUGGUGGUCUGUGAAGUGUUUCUGGUUGCUUCUUGGGCGACGCUAUACUUGAGAAAUGCUGCGAUCCUUUGCCAUACUAUCGGGCGCCUGCAAAUCAGGUGGCACCACUGUUAUAUCAUCACCCUUUUCCCGCCGGCCGUUCGUUCCGUCGCUGCGCUUCGGACCCUUGACGAAACACUGCUCUACCAAAUCCACCGAAAUUAGCACGCAGGCAGCACCGGAAAAUAAGAAAGAAGAUGGAAACAACAUCGACAACUGGCACACCAUCUACCACUUCCCUUCGAUCAUGAUCACAGCUUCGGUAAAGCGAUUAAAGUACUAUCCAACGGUAGUGACGGCGGUUUCGGUACCGGUGUCGAUUGCGCUGGCUUAUGCGAACAUCUGGUCAAUGACCACUGCCGAGAUUGUUGGUGCGAUUGGACUCACCUCAACGAUGACUCUAUCGCUGUUCAGCAUGAUAACAAACAAUCUCGUCGGGUUCGUUUACUGCGACGAGACGCAGAGCAAAGUGAAGAUCUCCUUCUUGAAUGCGAAAGGAAAACGGGAGGAUUGUGUCUAUUCGGUGGACGAUCUGGUACCACGCUCGGAAUUGCCAAGCUCGCUCCUGAAGCUGUACUUUCCGAUAAAGAAUCACGAAAAUAGCGAUGUAUACAAGCUGGUGCAUCGAUACGGAGAGAUCUACGAUGUUCAAACGUUCGAUAAAGUGUUUGGCCGUGAUGUGGUAAUGAAAUAAGGCGAAAGAGUGCACAAUAAAUCGGA